GCGUCAGUGCUUGCGAGAUGCGUAAAAGUUUCGUAGCAGGUGGUAGAAGUGACUGUUCAUACUUACGCCAUGCAAGAUCCGUCUAGAGGAUAUUCGUUUGGGAUGGAUCCUUUAGCAGAUUACAACCCUUUUGCAAAUCCUUUUUCUAACAAUCAAACAACUGCAUCUUUGGACCAAAAACCCCAGGGGUCUUCUGUUCCUUCCACUUCUGCCGUUUCUGCUAAACAAGAGAAACAGCAACCCCAAAAGCAGACAUCUGAAUCGAUAGCUGAUUUCGAGAAGCGGCAAGAAGAGCUCGAGCGUAAAGCUCAAGAACUGCAAAGGCGAGAAGAAGAAUUUCAAAAUAGCGUACUAUUCAACGCUGCCAAGAAAGACAAAAACUGGCCACCAUUGCCCAGCAAGUUCUGCGUCGAACCAUGUUUUUAUCAAGACAUCAACGUUGAAAUCAAAGUGGAAUUUCAGCCAAUCGUCAGCAUGAUAUACUACAUCUGGAUAGCUCAUACUUGUUUAUAUGUACUGAACGUAGGAGGCUGCCUAGGCUUGUUUAUUCAAAUGGGCGAAGGAACAAUGUUUGGCUUGUCCAUUCUUUAUUGCUUCCUUUUCACGCCCGCAUCGUAUCUUUUUUGGUUCCGUCCUGCUUACAAGGCAUUCCGAUCAGACAAUUCGUUUAACUUCAUGGUGUUUUUCGUCUUUUUCUUCGCCCAAUUGGUUGCUACAGUUAUUCAAGCUGUGGGCCUUCCCAAUUUGGGUACCUGCGGCUUCAUUGUUGCUUUGGCUGCAAUUGGUAAUCAAGAAAGUCCCGGGGAUCUCGCUAUUGGAAUUAUAGCGUUGGUAAUCGCAUGCGGUUUUGGAUUGGUCGCUUUGGGCGAUUUCUUUCUUCUUGUCCGAGUUAGCCGCUUGUACCGCAGCACCGGAGCUUCCUUCUCUAAAGCUAGAAGUGAAUUCACGUCCGGAGUGAUGCGUAAUCAGCACGUCCGCCAAGCUACCAGUGAUGCAAUCAGCUCUGCUGUUCGAGUUCAGAUGGACAGUAUUGUGAACUAGAUAACGAGAUAAGCGAAAGAGUCUUUAUCUAAGAUUUUUUUCCUGGCCAGUCCAACAUGACCCGCUACUACAAUUCGAUUGUAUUCAAAUGUUAUACAUGCCCUGGCCCUAAUUAUAUAUGCAUUAACGACAUUUUCAGAUUUUCAAUGAAUACGGAAAUUAAAAUAUUACUUAUGCCUGAAUGGAGACGUUGGGUACGAUGCGCAUGAAUAAUAUUUCGGGAAAUUGGUGCAUUCUGCAAUAUACGUGGUCUAUUUUAA